UAGGCGAUUUCAAAAUUUUCCCGGGCCGUUGUGUAGUGCUUUUCGGCCAGAUUUUUACCGUGCCGGUUGCGUGACGCUGUCACCCUGCCCCAGCAUGGAACAGCGCGACUCUGGUGAUCACGGUGACCUGCCCCGGACACCACUGGACCCCGAGAUAGCGGAGCAGUAUAAGCGCUUUGUGAAGCAGGGAAAACAGGAAGUAAAAAAUGAAAACCUGUUGAAAUCAAUGGAAUAUUUUCGGCUGGCAUACAACAUCCAUCCAAAUGAAAAGUUAAAAGGGCACAUUGAAAAGAUUGGAGCUGCACUUCAGGAACUUGAUUUGCAGGGUGAGGAAGAUGAUGAAUUUGUGGAAGUGCUAGACAGUGGAUUGCUUCUUUACAAAGAACUGUAUAACAAGCUUUUUGACCAUCAGAAAGAAGGAGUUGCCUUUCUUUAUCGUCUGUACAGAGAUGGAAGGAAAGGAGGUAUUUUGGCAGAUGAUAUGGGCUUGGGAAAGACUAUACAGAUUAUUACAUUUCUUUCUGGCAUGUUUGAUUCUGAACUAAUCAAAUAUGUUCUGCUGAUAAUGCCAACAACAUUAAUAAGUAACUGGAUGAAAGAAUUUGCUAAAUGGACUCCAGGAAUGAGAGUGCGUGAAUUUCAUGGCACAAGUAAGAAAGAGAGAGCAAACAAUCUUGAAGUAAUUCAGAGAAAGAGUGGUAUUCUUAUUACAACUUACCAAAUGUUGAUAAAUAACUGGCAACAGCUUUCAACCUACAAUGGAAGAGAAUUUAUCUGGGACUACAUCAUUUUAGAUGAAGCUCAUAAAAUAAAAUCUUCGUCAACUAAGACAGCUAAAGCUUGUUAUGCCGUUCCUUCAAAAAAUCGUAUUCUUCUAACUGGAACACCUAUCCAAAACAAUCUACGUGAGAUGUGGGCAUUAUAUGACUUUGCUUGUCAAGGAAGCUUGCUGGGGACCUCAAAAACAUUUAAAAUGGAGUAUGAAAAUCCAAUUACACGUGCAAGAGAGAAAGAUGCCACACCAGGUGAGAAAGCUCUUGGACUAAAAAUUUCAGAAAAUCUCAUGAAAAUUAUACAACCUUACUUCCUGAGACGUACAAAGAAUGAUGUGCAGGACAAAGUAUCUAAGCAAGAAAUACAUGUUCAUUCUAAAGGCCUUACAAUGCCUUCUCUCACACGAAAGAAUGACUUAAUCAUAUGGGUUUAUUUGUCGCCAAUUCAAGAAGACGUUUACAGAAAGUUUCUAUCUCUAGACCAUAUCAAAGAAUUACUUAUGACCACAAGAUCUCCAUUAGCAGAGUUAAACAUUCUAAAAAAGUUGUGUGAUCAUCCUAGACUGCUUUCUGCAAGAGCUUGCAUCCAGCUUGGGCUUGAUGGGGAUGAUGACCAUUAUAUUGAAGAUCUGAACCAGCAAUAUGGAGAAAAGGAUGAUGGCCAGAACAGUGAAGGUGUUCAUGAAACAGUUAUGAAGUAUGACCACCUUCCAGAUGAGGUUUUGAUUGAGGAAUCUGGAAAACUGAGGUUACUUAUUGAUCUCCUACACAAUCUCAAAGAUGAAGGUCACAGAACCCUUGUAUUUUCCCUGUCAAGAAAAAUGUUGGACAUUGUUGAUCGUAUCCUUAAUAAUCAGGGAUUUACAGUCAUGCGUAUUGAUGGAACAGUGCCUCUUCCAGAACGAGAGAAAAGAAUAAACCAGUUUCAGAGGAAUACUGCCUGUUCUGUGCUUUUACUGACAACACAGGUUGGAGGUGUUGGCUUAACUCUUACUUCAGCCGAUCGAGUGGUUAUCUUUGAUCCGAGCUGGAACCCUGCUACUGACGCGCAAGCUGUUGAUAGAGCCUACAGAAUUGGACAGCAGGAGAAUGUUGUGAUUUAUCGGCUCAUUACUUGUGGAACCGUGGAAGAGAAAAUAUACAGAAGGCAGAUAUUUAAAGACUCGUUAAUAAGGCAGACAACUGGUGAUAAGAAAAAUCCUUUCCGUUACUUCUCAAAGCAAGAGUUAAAGGAAUUGUUUACUUUAGAAGAUACUAGGACCUCCUCAACACAGAUUCAACUUCAAAAUAUGCAUUCAGCUCAGAGGAAAACUGACACCCAGCUUGAUCAUCACAUUGCAUUUUUGCACACCUUGCAAAUUUUUGGCAUAUCAGAUCAUGACCUAAUUUAUACAAAUGAGGCCUGUUCCCAAGAUGAUGAUGAUUGUGAAGAUGAACAUGAAGGACAUUACAUUCAACAAAGGGUGCAAAAGGCACAUGAGCUUAUGCAGAUGGAAUCUCAAAUUAAUCGGCAACUGAUGGAACAGGUUAGGAAUGGAACUGAGGGAGCAUGGUUGAGGCAAAAUACAUUUCCUGAAAAGUCAAAGGAAAGAAACCUUCCCAAUACAAAGCCUUCAAAUCCUUUUCCUAUAACCGUUGACCUCACGGAGGAUGCAGUUGGGGAUAUUAGCUGCCAGAUGACAAGUAUGGUAAUUGAUGACUCUGUUGAAGUGGAUAAAGAGUUCCCUCCUGCUCCAUUUACCAGGGAAAAAAGUAACCUGCAAAAUCAUAAUACUAAUUCUGACUCUCUUGUAAUAGAAGAUGAAGAGCAAAAUGCUGAAAGCAGAACUUCUAGUUCUUCCCAAAACAUACCUUCCUUGAGCCCAGAAGAAAAAAUUGUUACAAAAACAGUGGAGUCUUCUUUGGAUUCUAGCAGUGAACCGAUUAACCUUUAUGCAAAAGAUGCUCAUGUUAAUGUUUCAGCAUCUAGUGAAAGCUCUUUAAUACAAGAUCAUAAUAUGUCAUUAAAUAUUAAGCAUGUUAACAGUUUUUCUGGACAGUUGCAUAACUCUGUAUUUGAAGUAAGUGGGGGUGUAAAGGAAGAAUGUACUGAAUUUAAAAUUUCUAUGUCAAAGUCACAUUUACAAUGUGACUUCAAUCUUGUACUUGAAGAUUCAAUUGCAAAUCUAAGUCAGAAUGCUAUUUUGGAUGCAUCUGAACAAGAGAUGGGAAGUGUAAUGGAAACAUCUGUGGCACCAGAAAAGGAAGCAAUAUUGGUGUUGGAAGAUUCAAUGGAAGAAGAAAAUCCAGGGCUAAUGGCACUUGAAACUUCUGAAAUGUUUGAAAUGAAUGGAAAUAGAAGUGAAGCAAUGGAAAAGUCAAGUGUCAAACCACAAUUAGAAGAUGGUUAUUUUGAGACUGUUGAGAAAUUUCAUCAUGAAAGGCAAGAGGUUUUUGGGUCCUGUGCUGAAAACAAAGUUAAUGGGAGUGAACAUCGAUCCAAUAUUCACAUAGAUAGUGAAGAGGAAGCAGAUGAGGUCUUUUUUACUGGAAGAAAGAAAACUGUUAGAAGAAUUUGCUCUGAUAGUGAGAGUGACAAUUCAGUCUGCAAUGUUGAAGAUAAUAGCUUUGUGUUCUCACCAUUCAACAGUCCUUCAAUCAAGGGCAUAAGUGCAUCAACACCAAAAUUAGAAAAAGCAACAGCCAAAAUUUGGGAUGUAAGUAGUGGCCCUAGACGCAGAUCCAUUGCAUCUAGAAGAUCUAUUGUUCAUGUAGCAGUAGAGGAAACGGAUGAUGUGCUUGAGUCUCUUGAUGAUAGCAGUUCAUCAGAUAGUGGUGAAGAGGAAGAUGAACUUGUUGCACCUGAGGCCAAGGAGGCUGAGGAGCAAGUGUCUGAGUUAUUGGAAGAACCAGCUGGUGAAACUCUGCCUCAGGAUGAAAGUCUAUCAAAUGGUGCAGAUGAGUAUGAUUCUGAUAGCUUUGUAGUGAAGAGCUCUUCUGACCAAGAAGAGGACAGUAACACAGAUGAGACGGCUAGUAACGUGGAACUUGGCUCAGGAGAACAAAUGGAUUGUCUUGCACCAGAAACGGAGAACUUUCAAGGUAUUGCUUUAAAUGAGGAUCGUUAUUCUACACUUGUAAAACAUGGCAAGAAACUUAAAGAACAGGGCAAUGUGAAGGAGGCUUUGGACUGUUUCUUAAAUGCUCUUGACAUAAAGUCAGGAGAUCCUGAGGUUAUGUUACUGACUUUAAACUUAUACAGACAGAUGUCUUAAAUUUAUAUUUAUAAAUCUUUCAUUGUAUAGACUUCUCUGAAUGCUUUUACUGUUUCCACCAGCAAGUACCACAAACUAUACCUAGUGUAAUGCUUUGUUUGACAGGACAUGUAUUCUGUACAAUGGGAUUCACAAAACUCAAAAUUUAGUUUAGACUAAGGUACCAUAACUAACUAAAGAAAGCUAAUCAAUUGCUUUCAGAGGUGUAAUUUUACAAAUGUUGCUUUCCAUUAACCUACAUUCCAUCAACAUUUAUUUAUUGCUUGUUGACUGGGACUGACAUUUUAGUUUUUUCCAUGACUGCUUUUUGUCAGAUAUAUCCCUCUUCAGCAUGCUAAGCAUGUCCUCUUUCUAGCACUUUGAGAUAUUACUGUAAAAUAAGAUGUGCAUAAUAAAGAAAAAAAUAAGUCCACAAUAAAGUAGGGUAACAAAUGUUUGACUGUGA